AUGUACAGAGAAGCGACGAUCGUCGCAUUCUGGUUGGUGCAACGAGAUGGCCUUCACCGAAUUUGGGGUAUGGUCCGAGAGCACGGGUUGCCGCUUCGUUUCGAAAACGUCUCAAAAUUGGAAAAUCGAACAUCCAUGAAACCGACAAGCACCGACCGGAGUUUUCCCGGGGACGUGUCAUCAAAAAGGUUGUCCCUGGACCUGAACCAGGCGAAGGGAAGAAAGGAGAAGGACAAGCGGGAGAAACAGCCGAUGCGGAUAAAACACGCACCCAGGCAGCUGUUGAUGCCUGAGGCACAAACCCUUCUAUACUUCGGUACUCCGUCGGGGGUCCUGCGAUGUUCCUAA